AUGUCGACGAAAAAGGGCGCCGUUCCAAAGAAAUUGUCGAAGUCCAACAGUGCGUCGUUAUCGACAAAUAAACCGAGCUCACCGCAUAUGUGUAAGACAUGUCGUGUUAGCGACAGGCAAGACAAAGUUUGUUGCGACUUAUGUCGAUCGUGGCAACAUCUCAAGUGUGCUGAUGUUACUGCCGAAGUUAAGAAACGUCAUUGGGCUUGUGUCGCAUGCACAUCUAAGAAAAAGGUACAACCACCCAAGGCUACGCAAAGUGAAAUCGAAAAUCCGGUAUCCGAAGUCGUUGUGAUAGACGACAGUAUGCGAUCACAAAGCGUUCAGGAAAAAAUCGAUACGGCUAAGACUGGUGAACAAGUUAUUAUUGAUCCUGUGAAUGACGGCCAACCAGUGAAAGACAUGAAAGAGACGCCGAAUGUCGAGGAAAAAAUCAUCGCGCCUUCCAAAUCCUCGAAAGCAAAUUCGAUUUCAUCAGUGGUGAGUCGACGAACUGCACUAGCGUUACAACGACUGGAAGAGGAGAAGCUGUUACGCGAGCAAAGAGAAAGCGAUUAUUUGAACCAAAAGUAUUCUUUGCUGGAAGAUGACAUUGGAGAUGAGGCAAGUGUGCCUGAUUCUGAAUUGGAACGAGAGAAAGCCAAUCGAGUGCAGCAAUGGUCUGAAAAAUUGCCGACGGUAAAGACAUCUGAAGCUGAACAGACUCCAAUUGAAAACGUUUUCUCCAAUAUGGAGUUGCUAGAUAAGGAUCAGUCAUCACCAUUGUCGAAGACACGGUCUGAACAUCAAAAAUCUCAUGUCGGCAUUAAAAGGCCGAAAGUUUCUAAGACGUCCCUACCAGCUUGGUUACUCGCACCGUCGAAUUUACAGUCCAACUUCCAAAGAAAUUUUUCGAAUUUUCCGUGGUCAACGUCGAGCUUCCGUCAAAUUGCAACCGAUACAACAAAACAGAAUGUUUCGAACAACAUACUACCUGGAAUUUCAACACCUGUAAGCAAUCCAUUGACUGGCCAUGCAGUAGGCCCGAAUAAUCCAGCAGGAACGUCAUCACAAAUUACUACUGUAACAGUGACUUCAGACAACCAACAGUUUUAUUUCGGCUUACGACCAUCAACAGCAACCAAUGCUAUAAGUCCGAAUCCGAUGGGACAAACGACAGUUACGGCGUCAACUGCAUUCAGCUCUGGCAACAUUCAAUUUCCACCAAUUCCAAAUUCAGCUGGAAACCAUCAACCUCAUCAGUCGAGUGGACAUUCGUCAUCAGAUGGACAAGGAAUGAAUAAUAGUCAAGGAGCUGGCGUAACUACCAAUUAUGACCACGGAUCGUCAAGUACAUACAGUGUUACCAACCCGAUAACGAGCAGUCGAGUGUCUUCACAAGGAGUAAAUGUUAACGAUAAUGUACCACCUCGACCUCAUACCACUCCAUUCUUAUUUGGACCAACAAGUUUUCAAAAUCAAUCGAUUCCAGUCAAUACUGGCGUAAAUCAAACCAGUGGUAUCGGAAAUGCUACUCCAACUGGGACUGUGGCAGCUACUGCAGCUAACAAUACGAUUCCAACACAAGGUCCUCGGUUAACUACAGAACAAAUAGCCACAAGACAUGUCAUUAAGAAGUUACCGACAUUUUAUGGUGAAGCAAAACAUUGGCAAGCGUUUAUCAGCGCAUAUGAAUACUCCACUGCUGCGUGUGGGUUCAGCCUUGUGGAAAACUUAGGUAGAUUACAAGAGAGUUUACAAGGUGACGCCAGAGAAGCAGUUGGAGGCAGUCUGUUUCAUCCGGAUUCCGUGCCAAGAGCCAUUAGCACGCUUAAAUUGAUAUAUGGUCGUCCAGAAGCAAUAAUCGAGAGCUUGAUCGAAGAAGUCAACAAGGAAUCUUCACCAAGGGACAACGACCUAUUUUCACUGAUAAAGUUUGCCAUUUCGGUACAAAAUUUAAGUGCAUCGAUUAGAGAGACUGGAGCUUUCGAACACCUUCAAAAUCCGACGUUAAUGAAUGCCAUAACAGACAAGCUAACUACUCAAGUGCAGAUGAAUUGGGCUUAUUACAAGCAUGCAGUCGGGGUAGUUGAUCUAUCUACUCUUGGAGAUUGGUUAUACAAUUUGGCAAGUGUCGUUAGUGGAGUAGUACGAAAACCUGCUACUAAAAGUGGAAAAAAGGAGAAAAGCAAUAAUGGCAAGUCGACGCAUUAUCUGAACACUCAAGUCGAAAAGAAUUCAAAAUCUCAAGACACGAAGGAAGCCGGCAAGAAAUAUAAAUGUCCGGCGUGCAAGGCGGAUGGAUGCACCAAAAAACACCACACGCUGCUACACGAUUACGGAAAAGCUGCUGAAGCUCCAAAAAACGAAAGUAAAUCACCGACAGCUGGAGCAAAUCCAGCAUCCGCAAGUUCAGCUCCGACGUCUGUAUGUAACUCACAGAGAUCUAUCAACAAUCGUACAGACAUAUUUCGAAUAGUCCCAGUUGUGCUCAGUCACAAGGAUAAGAUCAUCCGUGAUUUUGCUUAUCUGGACGAAGGAUCCAACUUGACUUUAAUGGAAGAUGAGCUAGCAAAUGAGCUUGAGUUGGUUGGUACACCACAAACCGUUUGUAUUGAUUGGGCGUUUGGACAGUCACAUGAGUCAGAAGAAUCAAGAAUCGUAUCGAUGAAGGUAUCAGGAUUCUAUCAUCAAGCACCAAAUUAUAAGUUGAGCAAUGUUCGCACCGUCAAGGAUCUACAUCUACCAUCGCAAUCUAUAACUUCAGCUUGGCUUGAGCGAUAUCCACAUUUCAAGAACGUACCCAUUACCACUUAUGAAACGGUAAAACCACGAAUGUUGAUAGGAUUGCAAUACUCAAGACUCACGGUGUCAUUAGAAACGAUUGAAGGCGCUUGGGAUGAACCGAUAGUUUGUCGAACUCGUCUUGGCUGGGUAGUACAAGGCCCUACAUACCAUGGUGACCCACAGCAUCACACGAAGUUUAGUUUGAAUUUAUGUCAAUGUCAAUCGAAAGAUCAUCAGCUCCACAAAUUGGUGAAGGAGUACUUCUCUAUUGAAAAUUUUGGAGUGAAGAUGGACAACAAAUUUCUCGAGUCGAGAGAAGUACAGCGGGCCAGAGACAUUUUGGAAAAGACUACGGUGAAGAAAAACGGUCGAUACGAGUCAGGCUUAUUAUGGAAAUAUGACCAGGUUGAUAUGCCGAACAGUUACGAUAUGGCCUUGAAACGCCUGCAAUGUCUCGAAUCAAAAAUGAUGAAGAACCCACAGCUGGCGGAAAAUUUGUGUAAUCAGAUCAGCGGAUUUCUUGAGAAGGGCUACAUCAGAAAGUUGUCGGACGAUGAACUUCAAAUCAAACCGGAUCGAGAAUGGUACCUUCCCAUAUUUCCCGUUUUUAACCCGAAAAAACCGGAAAAAGUAAGAAUCGUUUGGGAUGCCGCAGCGAAGGUGAAAAAUGUUUCGCUUAACUCAUUGCUGCUAACAGGGCCAGACCUGUUAGUCCCACUUGUGGACAUACUUCGAAGAUUCCGGGAAAGAUUAGUGGCAGUUCUUGGUGACAUAGGCGAGAUGUAUCAUCAGAUCCAGAUUAUCGAGCAAGAUCAAGGUGUACAACGUUUUCUAUGGCGAAACGGAGAUAGCACAAAAAAGCCCGAAGUAUACGUAAUGUUAGUGUCUACCUUUGGAGCUGCUUGCGCACCGUGUACAGCGCAGUUUGUAAAAAACAAAAAUGCAAACGAAUAUCAGCAACAGUUUCCAGCAGCAGUGGCUGUUAUCACUCAAAACACUUACGUAGAUGAUCUUCUAGAUUGCUGUCACAGCGUUGAGGACGCUAUAAAGUUAGCAAAGGACGUAAAACACAUAAAUCUACAGGGCGGAUUUGAAACAAAAAAUUUUCUAUCCAAUUCGAAGGAGGUGCUGAAAAGUAUCGGCGAACGUAACGUUCAAUCAUCAAACAAGAAUUUGAAUAUCAACACCGAUUUGACUCUUGGAACUGAGAGAGUCCUUGGAAUGUUUUGGAACGCGGAUACCGACAGCUUUACGUAUUCGUUAAAGUAUACUAAAGUCAACCAAAAUAUUCUUAAUGGUUCGCACUGUCCGACGAAGCGGGAACUUCUACGUGUGUUAAUGUCAAUUUUUGACCCACUUGGAUUGCUUGCCAAUUUUUUGAUUUAUCCAAAGCUGCUACUACAGGAGACAUGGCGAAGCAACAUCGAAUGGGAUGAACAAAUUCCCGAAAGUCUUCAAACGAAAUGGGUGAAAUGGAUUUCAGUGCUACCGGAGGUAGAAAACCUUCGAAUUCCACGUCUUUAUUCACCGAAACUGUCACCCGGAACCGCAAGUUCGAUUCAAUUACAUGUUUUCGUGGAUGGCAGUGCCGAAGCAUUUUCAACUGCCGCGUAUUUACGUAUUCAAGAUGAUGAUGGGAUCGACUGUAGCUUAGUGGGUGCGAAAACGAAAGUUGCACCGAACAAACCGAUGACAAUCCCAAGACUGGAGUUACAAGCGGGGGUGCUCGGUACGCGCUUGGCCAGAAGCAUAAAGCAAAGUCAACGGCUGCAAAUCGAAAAGGUGAUUUAUUGGUCAGAUUCCAAAACAGUAAUGGGAUGGAUUUAUUCGGAUACUCGACGUUAUCAUCAGUUUGUGGCAUUUCGGAUUGGGGAAAUUCUUGAAACAACUGACAAAGCAGAAUGGCGAUGGGUUCCGACGGAGCACAAUGUAGCCGACGAGGCCACGAAAUCAAAGGAAAUUCAAAAAUUGAAUUCACAAUCUCGAUGGUUUAAAGGUCCAGAUUUUUUGUACGAUGAAGAAAGUACUUGGUUCACAGAAGAUAAUCAAGAAGAUCAUCAUACACGGGAAGAAUUGAGACUCAGUAUCGUCAUGGCCUGCCGACAGGGACAGGAGCGUUGCAUUAUCGAUGUUAAAAGAUUUUCCCAAUGGAAGAGAUUGGUUAACGCAAUGGCCUACAUAUAUCGAUUCAUUCAUAACCUCAAGUCAGUAGAAAGACGAUCGGGACCGUUGCUGCAAGAAGAAAUCGUUUGCGCCGAAAAUCAGUUGUAUCGAAUCGCUCAACAAGAUUAUUAUUUGGACGAAAUAGCGCUACUGGAAAAAAAUGCAAAACUCCCACCAAAGGACCAAAAGUAUUUUGAAAAGUCAAGCCCAUUAUACAAGUCUUCGCCGUAUUUGGACGACCACGGAGUUCUGAGGGUCAGGGGAAGACUGGAUGCUGCUAAAUGUUUAAAUUUGGAAACGAAACGUCCCAUAAUAUUGCCGAGACGUCACUACAUCACCAAACUUAUUUGUGCCCACUUUCAUCGACGAUAUCUGCAUUUGAAUCACGAAACGGCAAUUAAUGAAAUCAGACAAAAGUACGAUAUCAAGGCUCUUCGAGUUGUGAUGAAAGAAAUUCGAUUUUCGUGUCAGAAGUGCAAAAAUGACUCUGCAGUACCGAUGAUUCCAGAGAUGGCCGAGUUACCUUUCGCCAGACUUGCAGCCUUCGAACGUCCAUUCACAUACGUUGGCAUAGACUAUUUCGGUCCAUAUUCAGUCAAAAUAACAAGAAACAUCAGUGCAUCGAGAUGGGGUGUAAUAUACUCAUGCCUCACAGCUCGAGCUAUUCAUCUAGAAGUAGCUCACUCAUUGAAUACAAGUUCCUGUAUAAUGGCUUUUGAACGUUUCUGCACCGAUCGCGGACAUCCCCGUGAAGUGUUCAGCGAUAAUGGAUUAAAUUUCCAUGGAAUGGAGAACGAAUUGAAGGAAGAAUUUAAAAAGCUAAACCAAGAUGAGAUUCAGCAAAUGUUCACAACCUCUGAAAUGAAAUGGUCAUUUAAUCCACCGGAAUCGCCACAUAUGGGUGGCGCAUGGGAGAGGCUCAUUCAAACCGUAAAAAAAUCGUUCAAGAAAAUCGUGACGACUAGAAAACCAACCGAUGAAACGCUGCCUACGUUGUUUGCUCAGGUCGAGAACAUCGUCAAUUCGAGGCCGCUCACAUAUAUUCCACUCGAUUCUGCAGAUGAUGAAGCAUUGACUCCAAACCACUUCUUGUUCGGCUCGUCAAAUGGCCGAAAACCUAUCGUCAGAACAUCACCGAAAGAUCUCGGAAAAGAAGACUGGAAAAAUAUCGAGGAACAAACCAACCAGUUUUGGAGACGAUUCGUAUUGGAAUAUAUGCCAACUCUAACUAAGCGCACCAAGUGGUACAAAAAUUCGAAACCAAUUCAAGUCGGUGAUGUCGUUCUCAUUAUUGAUGAGAAAAAUCCAAGAAAUACGUGGCCUAAGGGGAUCGUCGAACGGACUAUUCGUGGAAGAGGUGGCAAAUGUCGACAAGCCAUAGUGCGAGCGGUACUGGAGUCAAAGAAUGGCCCUGUACACAGAGAAUACCGACGAUCGGUUCACAAAUUGGCUGUUCUGGAUGUUAAAGUGCCUGCCAGUGAAGAAGUUAACCGACAACCAGAGGAGUCGAUUAACGGAGGGGAGCCUGUUGGGCAGCACUGA